CCGGCCCUGCCCGACGGGGAGCACCGCUCCCCCAGCGACACCAUCGCUACUCCCGGAGCCGCUGGCCCGCCAGUGGCCCACCAGCCGCCCACCCCUCUCUUCUCUUCCUUUCCCUCCCCGGCCCGCCCCGCCGCGCUCCGCCCCGGGACCGCCCGCCGGGGCGGGGCCGCCGUUUGAACGCGGGGCGGCGGGACCGGCAGAAGUUGGUCUGCAAAAUGAAAACCUUGACUGCAGUCUGCCCUGGCUAAAGAUGCUCUGCAAGUGGUAGCAUUUUGGUCUGUUGUUGGAUCCACUACCUUUCUGUGUAUCAACUCUGAGUCUGCCAUGAGUGACUCAUCCCUGCUGUUUCUUGCUGGAGCAAACAUUGUGGAAGACCAGAGGGCUCGCUGGGAGAGAAAGCGCAGCCGGACAGCCAAGGAGCUGCUGGAAACUGAACACAAAUACCUCGAGCAGCUGGAUUUGGUGGUCACAUACUUUGUGACAAUUUUAAAGGCCAAAGGGACAUUGAAACCUGCUGUGUUGGAAACUAUAUUUGGACCCCUGGAAUCCAUAUAUUCGUCCAGCCAUGUUCUCUCAUUUCACCUGGAGAGAGGGAAUUUGGGACCAGGACUGGAAAGUUUUUGUCAGAAUCUGGAUCUUUAUGGCCACUAUGCUGAGAAUUUGGAGCAGGCAAAUAAAACCUUGAAGGAGCAACUGAAGAAAAAUAAGUCAUUCCGGCGGUUUAAGAAACUCCAGGAAUCUCGACCUCAAUUUCAAGGGAGGGAGCUAGAGGAUCUGCUUCCUUUGCCCCUGCAGAGGCUGCACCAGUACAAGCAUUUCUUCAGAGACCUGCUGGAGAACACCUGCCCAGACAGUGCUGAGCACCUCAAACUUGCAAAGGCUGUGAAAUCUAUAUCUGAGAUAUCUCAGUGGGUCCAAGGCAUAACUGAAAAAAGAGAGAACUCAUUGCAGCUGCUUCGGGUUCAGAAACUGCUCAAAGGACAGAAGACACAGGUUUUCACUCCAGGGCGCUGGUACAUCCGGGAAGGCUGGCUUUUGGUGGUGCCUUCAAAGGGAGAAGAACUGAAGCGCAGGAUGUUCUUCCUGUUCUCUGAUAUCCUCAUUGCAGCAAAGCCCUGCCACCCCCUGCACCCGCUGAACUCGCACAAGCUCGCGUGCCAGGCUGUUUACCCUCUCCACCAGUGCACCGUGGAUAAAGUGUUCGGCCACACGCGGAGCCAGGGAGGGCUCCUCAGUCUUUCCUUUCCACACAAGGCACUGCUGUUGAUGUCCAGCGACCAACAAGAUAUCAAUGACUGGUAUCGGAGUCUCACAGCUGCAGUCAGGCAGCUGAAAGCCUGAUGCACUUGAGUGUACAAGACAGACUGGCAAGACAACCACUGUCAUGGCAGAAGCCUACACAACCUUAGAAAAUGCUCAGGGGCAUAUAGUAGAACUGCAUUUAGAGGGACUACACACUGUGCUUGUGAGAUGAUGAAUGCUUUGUCAGCUGUCCUGAUGUUCAUACAGACACUGCAAAAAACAAGUAUGCACACUAAGCAUUUGUGUAUAAAAAAUAAGUAUCAAGAAUUUUCCCCAAUUUAGCUUAGAAGCUUCUAGCUUUUCUGCACUUUUGUAAACUCAGAUUAUUAAGGACAAGCAGAUGAGAGCCUGAUUUGCUUUCCCUCGUCAAAUGUUUUUAUUCAACCGUCUUUCUAAA